CCACCACCACCAUCAUCACCCCCGUCGUACAGGCUACGUGACUACGUCAGUCCAAAGGCCCCAUAACCUAAAUCACCACAAAUCCGGGGAACCAGGCGUGUGUGCCUGACUACUUACCGACUAGGUCCACCGCGAUCAUGUCGGAAGUUCGUCGGCGACGGAGAGCCUCCUCGUCGCCCUCCUUAUCAAGCGUGGAAUCCUCCGACUCGGACCUGAGGCCGCCCUCCCCGGCCGCCUCGCGCUUCUCCGCCCUCCUCUCCACUCCGCCAUCCGUCUUUCGCGUCUUCCUCCUCCUCGUCUCCUUCCGUCUCCUGAACGCAUUGACCGUCCGAACUUUCUUCCAGCCCGAUGAAUUCUUCCAGUCUCUCGAGCCGGCCUGGCAGGCGGCCUUUGGAGACACCCAUGCCCCUUGGAUCACUUGGGAAUGGCGCCACCAAUUGAGAUCCUCCCUUCAUCCUCUUCUCUUUACCGCUGUUUACUCCACCGCCGACCUGUUCGCUCGCCUUCUCCGCCUUUCCCCCGCAUGGCAAGCGGAGCUUCUCAUUGCUGGCCCUAAAAUAGUGCAGGCCAUUAUCGCGGCCGUCGGGGACUUUUAUACUUGGCGAUUGGCUUGUUAUGUGUAUAAUCCAUUGUCCCAGGAGGCCUGGGCUGCGCUGGCUUUGACCGUUGUCAGUCCCUGGCAAUGGUUUUGCUCCACCAGGACCCUGUCGAACUGUCUUGAGACCUCCCUCACUGUCACUGCCCUUUGUCAGUGGCCGUGGGAAUGGUCGCUAGGUCCCUUGAGUACACCUGGGUCGGACGAAUCCACACUGAUACUCGGGGUUAAAGCCCAAACAAACGAGGUGCAACCUGACGGUCAUGUCCUUACCAGGCUCCGACGAUGCCUUUUGCUCGCGGCUGUAGCGUGUAUACUGCGUCCCACCAACAUCCUGAUUUGGAUGGCCCUUGCUGGCCUGAUGUUGUACCGGAACAACUGGCCACGACGGGUUAUGCUUGUCCGUGAAGCUUUACUUUGUAGUUCAGUUGUCCUAGCCGUAUCGGCUACAGCAGAUCGGUUCUUCUACGGGUUUUGGACUUUUCCACCUUUCCGGUUCCUAUACUUCAAUCUUGCGCAAUCGUUAGCUGUCUUCUACGGGCGAAACGACUGGCACUACUAUGUGUCACAGGGCCUUCCUCUUCUCCUUACCACGGCCCUACCGUUCACCAUCAUAGGCUUGCAUCGCUCGUUGGUCCAACCGACCGCGGCUGGAUUCAAUGAGUUACAAGCCUCAGUGCAAGUUCAGCUUGCAUCCGUGUGUCUUAUCAUGCCUCUGGCGCUUUCCUUCAUUUCUCACAAGGAAGUUCGGUUUAUCUAUCCGUUACUACCGUCGCUACACGUACUUACUGCUCCUAUUCUGGUAAAAUUCUUUGGUCCCGCAGUGAACAGGGGAAGCGCAAGAUACAUCCCUAGGCGCCUUAUCUUGCUAUUCUUGCUUCUAGUGAACGCCGUCAUUGCGUUCUACACGACCUUUAUCCAUGCAUCCGGUCCAUUGACCGUGCUGUCAUAUCUCCGAGACCAGCGACUGAUCCACGGUUCCAGCAACAUGACCGAUUCUACCCAGCCCGGGAUCACAGCGGGGUUUCUCAUGCCCUGCCAUAGUACUCCGUGGCGCUCUCACUUGGUUUAUCCGACCAUCAACGCCUGGGCACUUUCUUGUGAGCCUCCUGUUGGGUUCAACGCCUCCGAGAAAGCGGAGUACUUGGAUGAGGCGGACCAGUUCUACGCCGAUCCUGACAAGUUUCUGCGCGCGAAUAUGGUUGGCGGACUGCGUCGAUUCCCGCGGCGGCCAACUUACAACGACUACCGGAGACCUCGGCAGUUGCCCACGCAGUACCAAUCCACCACCCCGCAUGAAUGGCCUGAUUAUCUCGUCUUCUUCGCUCAGUUGGAGCCCACGCUGCGGAGUCUUCUCCGUUUCUCCCCGUACAAGGAAUGCUACCGCACUUGGAACACCGCCUGGCACGACGAUUGGCGCCGCCAGGGCGACAUAGUUGUCUGGUGCGUGGAUCCGCAGGAACAGGGUUCAGAAUUGCAGCGGCAACGCGAGAGCCGGGAUCGCCGCUUCGACCACAUCAUGCAAAGUAUCAAGGAUUCCGUGCCUGGCGCGCGUAGACAAUCCUCAGCACGCCCAUGGACAUCAAUAUUCUCUGCUCAAUCGCGGUCCUGGUCCUGGUCCUGGCCAUGGCAACAUCGCAGACGUACAACCAUCUUCGGGAUCGAGUUGCCUACCUGGAUGACACCGUCUUCGAAGCCUUCGAAAAGGUUGUCGUCAUGGAAGCUUCCCAGCUGGGAAGAAUGGAACAGGAGGUUGAACGAUCGAGCAAACUGGGCUUGAUUUACCUUUCACAUAUAUAAAAUUUUCUUUAGGAUACAACCCAUUCUUCUUGUCUGUAUAUUUGACUACAUACCUCAAAUACCCUGUUCAUACGCAACAAUAUGGUCAUACGGGGGUUGUUACGUUAGAUUUCAAAACCAAAACACCAUUGUUUUUAUCCGGUGAUCCAAAACUAUAUCCAACGAAGUCUAUGCAAC